AUGGUUCUCAGGGUGACAGCAGAUGUGUGGCUGGUGAGACCCUGGUGGUACCUGCACAGGAAAAGGGCGCUGGGCACCACGGCAACGCUGGCCCCCAAGACUGUGCAGCCCUUUGAAGCCAUACCACAGUACUCCAGGAACAACUGGCUGAAGAUGAUACAGAUCCUGAGGGAGCAGGGCCAAAAGAACCUACACCUGGAGAUGCACCAGGCCUUCCAGGAACUGGGGCCCAUUUUCAGGCACAGUGUAGGAAGAACACAGAUCGUGUCUGUGAUGUUGCCAGAGGAUGCUGAGAAGUUGCUCCAGGUAGAGAGUACAUACCCUCACCGCAAGCUCUUGGAACCGUGGGUGGCCCACAGAGAACUCCGUGGCCUGAGACGUGGUGUGUUCUUGCUAAAUGGGCCAGAAUGGCACUUCAACCGACUGCAGCUGAACUCAAAUGUGCUGUCACCAAAAGCCGUUCAAAAUUUUGUCCCCUUGGUGGAUGUGGUAGCAAGGGACUUUGUGGAGAUCGUGAAGAAGAAAAUGCUGGAGAGUGCCCACGGAAGCUUGUCUAUGGACGCUCAGUCCAAUGUGUUCAACUACACCACAGAAGCCAGCCACUUUGUUCUUUUGGGGGAGCGGCUGGGCCUCCUUGGCCAUGAUCUGAUCCCAGACAACCUGAAGUUCCUCCGUGCCCUGCAUUCCAUGUUCAAAACCACCACACAACUCAUGUUCUUGCCCAGGAGUCUGACUCGAUGGACGAGCACCCGGGUGUGGAAAGAAAACUUUGAGUCCUGGGAUUUCAUCUCUGAGUACGGUGAGGACCACUGCCUUGGAUGUAUCAAGAAUAUGUAUCGAGAGCUGGCAGAGGGUCGCCCACAUUCCUGGAGUGUCAUAGCAGAGCUGGUAGCAGAGGGUACCCUGUCAAUGGAUGCCAUCCAGGCCAACUCAAUGGAACUUAUUGCUGGAAGUACUGACACGACAGCAAUCCCCUUGGUAAUGACCCUUUUUGAGCUGGCUCGGAAUCCAGAUGUUCAGCAGGCCCUGAGGCAGGAGAGCCUGGCAGCUGCAGCCAGCAUCGCUGCGAAUCCCCAGAAGGCCAUGUCAGACCUGCCCUUGCUGAAGGCUGCCCUUAAGGAGACCUUGAGGCUCUAUCCUGCUGGUGCUUUUCUGGAGAGAAUUCUAAGCUCAGACUUGGUGCUUCAGAACUAUCACAUCCCUGCUGGGACAGUCCUCACUAUGAAUCUGUACUCCAUGGGCCGAAACCCUGCUGUGUUCCCAAGACCUGAACGCUAUAUGCCUCAGCGUUGGCUGGAGAGGAAAAAGACUUUCCAGCACCUGGCCUUUGGCUUUGGGGUGCGCCAGUGCCUGGGGAGGCGCCUCGCAGAAGUGGAGAUGCUGCUCCUGCUUCACCAUAUGCUGAAAUCUGUCCAUGUGGAGACACAAGAGAAAGAGGAUGUGCCGAUGUCCUACCACUUCGUUUUGAUGCCCAGCUCCAGCCCUCUCCUCACUUUCAGGCCUGUCAGCUAG